GCCAGCACCAGCCGCGGGCCCCGCCUGACCGCCCGCGCCACCCCCGCCCCGCGCCGCCCCGCCCCGCGCCGGGCGGACGGACAUGUCGGUGAGCGAGCUCUACACGCAGUACACAAGGGUUUGGAUUCCUGACCCUGAUGAAGUCUGGAGAUCAGCAGAAAUUAUCAAGGAUUACAAAGAGGGAGACAAAAGCCUGCGCCUAAAACUUGAAGAUGAAACUGUCUGUGAAUAUCCCAUCGAUCUCCAAGGCAGUCAAUUGCCUUUCUUGCGGAAUCCAGAUAUUUUGGUUGGAGAAAAUGACCUGACAGCUCUAAGUUACCUCCAUGAGCCUGCAGUACUGCAUAACCUAAAAGUCAGAUUCUUGGAAUCAAACCACAUAUAUACCUACUGUGGGAUUGUGCUUGUUGCCAUCAAUCCAUAUGAACAGUUGCCAAUCUAUGAGCAAGAUGUCAUCUAUGCGUACAGCGGCCAAAACAUGGGAGACAUGGAUCCUCACAUCUUUGCGGUGGCAGAAGAAGCCUACAAGCAGAUGGCCAGGGAUGAAAAGAACCAAUCCAUCAUCGUCAGUGGAGAGUCGGGCGCUGGAAAAACUGUCUCUGCCAAAUAUGCCAUGCGUUUCUUUGCCACUGUUGGGGGCUCUGCCAGCGACACCAAUAUCGAAACAAAGGUCCUCGCAUCCAGUCCAAUCAUGGAGGCAAUUGGAAAUGCUAAAACCACCAGGAAUGAUAAUAGCAGUCGUUUUGGGAAAUACAUUCAGAUUGGCUUUGAUAAGAGAUACCAUAUAAUUGGUGCCAAUAUGAGGACGUAUCUCCUGGAAAAGUCGAGAGUUGUGUUCCAGGCAGAAGAUGAACGAAACUACCAUAUCUUCUAUCAGCUGUGUGCCUCUGCCAGUCUUCCAGAAUUUAAAGACCUUUCCCUAACGUGUGCUGAAGACUUCUUCUACACUUCUCAGGGAGGCGACACAUCUAUCGACGGGGUGGAUGAUGCUGAUGAUUUUGAAAAAACUAGGCAUGCUUUCACUCUACUUGGAGUGAAGGAGUCUCAUCAGAUGACCAUUUUUAGGAUAAUUGCUUCCAUCUUGCACCUAGGAAAUUUGGAAAUUCAAGCAGAGCGAGAUGGAGAUGCCUGCAGUAUAUCAAGCCAGGAUGAACACCUGAAUAAUUUUUGCAGCUUGCUUGGAGUGGAGCACAGCCAGAUGCAACACUGGCUGUGUCAUCGGAAGUUUGUCACAACAGCUGAGACGUAUGUCAAGACCAUGUCUGUGCAGCAAGUCGUGAAUGCCAGGAAUGCCCUAGCCAAGCAUAUAUAUGCCCAGCUGUUUAACUGGAUUGUGGAGCAUGUCAACAAAGCCCUGCAUACCACCAUCAAGCAGCACUCAUUCAUUGGGGUCCUGGAUAUCUACGGGUUCGAAACUUUUGAGGUGAAUAGUUUUGAACAAUUUUGUAUCAACUAUGCCAAUGAAAAGCUCCAGCAGCAGUUCAACUUGCAUGUAUUUAAGCUGGAGCAAGAAGAGUACAUGAAGGAACAAAUCCCUUGGACUCUUAUAGAUUUUUAUGACAACCAGCCCUGCAUAGACCUUAUAGAAGCUAAACUUGGUAUCUUGGAUCUGCUGGAUGAAGAGUGUAAGGUUCCUAAAGGAACUGACCAGAACUGGGCCCAAAAAUUGUAUGAUAGACACUCUACCAGCCAACACUUCCAGAAACCACGAAUGUCCAACACCUCUUUCAUUGUGGUGCACUUUGCAGAUAAGGUUGAAUAUCAGUGUGAGGGAUUUCUGGAGAAAAACAGGGACACUGUAUAUGAAGAACAGAUCAACAUCCUGAAGGCCAGCAAGUAUCAGAUGGUAGCAGACUUAUUUCAUGAUGAAAAGGAUUCCAUGCCUGCUCCUCCUGCUGGAAAGGGAACCUCCUCCAAAAUCAGUAUUCGUUCUGCCAGACCCGCUGUGAAAGCUGCCAAUAAAGAGCACAAGAAAACCGUGGGACAUCAGUUCCGUAACUCCUUGCAUUUGCUCAUGGAAACGCUGAAUGCCACCACUCCACACUAUGUGCGCUGCAUCAAGCCAAAUGAUGAGAAACUCCCCUUUAAAUUUGAUCCAAAGAGAGCAGUCCAGCAGCUAAGAGCCUGUGGUGUGCUAGAGACCAUCCGCAUCAGUGCAGCUGGCUACCCAUCCAGGUGGUCCUACCAUGACUUUCUGAAUAGGUAUCGUGUUCUUAUGAAAAAGAGGGAUAUCUCUAAGAAUGACAAGAAACAAAUCUGUAAAACGCUGCUGGAAGACCUCAUUAAGGAUCCUGACAAGUUCCAGUUUGGACGUACCAAGAUCUUUUUCCGUGCAGGCCAGGUGGCAUAUCUGGAGAAACUCCGGGCAGAUAAAUUUAGAUCUGCUACUAUUAUGAUUCAGAAGACUGUGCGGGGCUGGUUGCAGAGACUGAAGUACAGAAGGAUGAGGGAGGCUGCAGUAACCAUACAGAGGUAUACACGGGGACAUCUGGCUCGCAGGUUAGCAGACCACCUAAGGAAAACAAGAGCUGCCAUCAUCUUCCAGAAACAAUAUCGAAUGCUCAGGAUCUUUCGAGCUUUCCAGAAUAUCCGCCAGGCCACUAUCACUAUUCAAGCUUUUGCUCGAGGCAUGUUUGUCAGGAGAGUUUACCACAAGAUACUCUUGGAGCACAAGGCUACCAUCAUCCAGAAACACUCCCGGGCUUGGCUGGCUCGUAAACACUUUCUACGCCUCAGGUGUGCCACUGUGGUUCUCCAGUGCUACUACAGGCGCAUGAAGGCCAAGCAAGAGCUAAAGGCACUGAAGAUAGAGGCGCGAUCAGCAGAGCACUUAAAGAGACUCAAUAUUGGCAUGGAGAACAAGGUGGUUCAGCUUCAGAGGAAGGUAGAUGAACAGAACAAAGAGUACAAGCUGCUGAAUGAGCAACUCUCAGCACUUACCUCUGCCCACUCUACCGAGAUGAAGAAGCUGAAGAAGGAACUGGAGCGAUACCAGCAGAACCAGGGGGAUGGCAACCAGCUUGUUGAUUUGCAAGAAGAGAUUGAGAGCCUCCAGCUGGAACUCAAGAAAGCCCAUAGUGAAAGGAAAAUUAUAGAGGAUGCUUACGUUAAGGAGAAGGAUCUUCUCAAGAAGCGUGUAUCAGACCUAGAAGAGGAGAAUGCUCUUUUGAAACAGGAAAAAGAGGAGCUUAACAACAGAGUCCUGUGUCAAUCUGAAGAUGAAUUUGCACGCAACACUGUUGAGGAAAAUCUGUUGAAGAAGGAGCUAGAAGAGGAAAGAUCUCGUUAUCAAAACCUUGUGAAGGAAUUUUCGAGGCUGGAGCAGAGAUAUGACAAUUUGAGGGAUGAGAUGACUAUUAUAAAGCAAACCCCAGGGCACAGAAGAAACCCCUCUAAUCAGAGCAGUCUCGAGUCUGACUCCAACUACCCGUCAUUCUCUACAUCUGAGAUAGGAGAUACAGAGGAUGCAAUACAACAAGUGGAGGAGGUCGGUAUCGAGAAAGCAGCCAUGGACAUGACUGUCUUCCUGAAACUACAAAAGCGAGUGAGGGAGCUUGAACAGGAGAGAAAGAAGUUGCAAGCCCAGCUGGAGAAGAGAGAGAAAGAGAAAGAAAACAAAAGUUCCCAGGUAAUUGAAACGAAGAAUGAAAUGGAUUUGGACCGUGAUACCGAUCUAGCAUACAACAGUCUGAAGAGGCAAGAACUGGAAUCGGAGAACAAGAAACUGAAAAAUGAACUUAAUGAACUAAGAAAGGCUAUAGCAGACCGAGCAACCCAAAACAACUCUUCCAAUGAUAUCCAAGACAGUUAUAACCUUCUACUGAAUCAGCUUAAAUCAGCCAAUGAAGAGCUGGAAGUGAGGAAGGAAGAAGUACUUAUUCUAAGGACACAGAUUAUAAACGCAGCCCAGGAAAAAGAGACCAGCAAAAAUAUGGAAUCGAGCAUCAACACGCAUCCCAGCUGGCCAAACAGUGACAAGCAUGUUGAUCAAGAGGACGCAAUUGAAGCCUACCAGGGUGUGUGCGAGGCAAACCGGCUCCUUGAAGCCCAGCUCCAGGAUCAAAGACGAGAGCACGAAGAAGAGGUGGAGGCUCUGAAAGCUCAGGUGGAAGCUAUGAGAGAGGAGAUGGAGAAACAGCAACAGGCCUUUUUCCAGACCCUUCAGCUCUCCCCAGAGGCCCAGGUGGAGUUUGGUCUUCAGCAAGAAAUCACACGUCUCACUAAUGAAAAUUUGGAUCUCAAAGAGUUGUUAGAAAAACUGGAAAAGAAUGAGAAGAAGCUUAAGAAACAGCUGAAGAUUUACAUGAAGAAGGUCCAAGAUUUUGAAGCAACCCAAGCAACGGUACAGACAGAGAGGAAGCGACAGGAGCUUACCAGGCAAGUCACUGUCCAAAGGAAGGAGAAGGAUUUCCAGGGGAUGUUGGAAUAUUACAAGGAAGAUGAGCCACUACUCGUCCGGAACCUCAUUACAGAUCUCAAGCCCCAGACCGUUUCCACCACAGUUCCCUGUCUUCCUGCUUACAUCCUCUACAUGUGCAUCAGACACGCAGACUACAUCAACGAUGACCAAAAAGUGCACUCCUUGCUCACCUCGACCAUCAACGGCAUUAAGAAAGUAUUAAAGAAACACAAUGAUGACUUUCAGAUGACAUCGUUUUGGCUGGCUAACACGUGUCGCCUCUUGCAUUGCCUAAAGCAGUACAGCGGGGAUACGGGUUUUAUGACACAGAACACUGCGAAGCAGAAUGAGCACUGUCUGAAGAACUUUGAUCUCACAGAGUAUCGCCAGGUUUUAAGUGACCUCUCCAUUCAGAUCUAUCAGCAGCUUAUUAAGAUAGCAGAAGGCAUGCUGCAACCCAUGAUAGUGUCAGCAAUGUUGGAAAACGAAAGUAUCCAGGGCCUCUCUGGUGUGAAGCCAAUGGGCUACAGGAAGCGAUCCUCCAGCAUGCCGGAUGGUGACAACACCUACAGCUUAGAUGCGGUCGUUCGCCAACUGAACACUUUUCACAGCAUCAUGUGUGAGCAGGGCCUGGACCCGGAGAUCAUCCAACAAGCCUUCAAGCAGCUGUUCUACAUGAUUAAUGCUGUCACGCUGAACAACCUCCUGCUGAGGAAAGACGUCUGCUCAUGGAGCACUGGCAUGCAGCUCAGGUUUAACAUCAGCCAGCUGGAGGAAUGGUUGCAUGGAAAGAACCUGCAACAAAGUGGAGCAGCACAGACCAUGGAGCCCCUGAUCCAGGCAGCACAACUCCUGCAGCUGAAAAAGAAAACUUCAGAAGAUGCUGAGGCCAUCUGUUCCUUAUGUACAUCCCUUACCACGCAGCAGAUUGUAAAAAUACUAAAUCUCUACACUCCUGUGAAUGAGUUUGAAGAGCGUGUGACUGUAGCCUUCAUAAGAAACAUUCAGGCGCAUUUGCAAGAGCGAAACGACCCUCCGCAGUUGCUGCUAGACUUCAAAUACACGUUUCCAGUUUUGUUUCCAUUCAGCCCAUCCUCCAUCACCAUGGACUCUAUUCACAUCCCUGCUUCUCUCAACUUGGAAUUUCUCAAUAAAGUCUGAAGAAAAUAUAUUUAAACCUAUCUCCCUUCCUUAGAAUUUAAGCAAAAAAAAAUAAAUAAAUUUAAGGAUUUCUUUAAAUAUGGACCAAACAAGAUGGUGAAAGAACUGAUAUGCAGUGAUGAAUCAGUGCUAAAAUGUACAGUAAAAUAAGAAACUGAUCUUGUAUGUGAUUUUUUUUUUUUUUGGUAAUUUCCAGCUUUGGAUAAGAAUACUUGAAAGCACUUUUUAUUGCUUGAUUUUAUGCUGAAAUAGUACAAAGUCCAUAAGAGUUGCCAACAGCCAUACAUGGCAAACACUAGUGAGGUGGAAGAUGUUCAUACACAGCUAUGAAGAAAUCCCAGCUAAAAAUUUAAAACAAAAUUCUACACACUUAUUCUGGCUUCAGACAACUUAUGUCCUUGAUGAGCAGGUGGUUUGAGCAUAUUAAUGUAUUUCUAUACAGAGACAUAAUUUUGCAUCUCAUUACUUCUGCUGCUAAUUGUGGUACCAGGAUGGUCUGUUGAGAAACUAAAAAAUAAGUAUUUGUCACAAGGGUUGAGGUGAUGGACUCAAGAUGAUUUUUGCUUCCAUCCAAGGGGAUUUUAUCUCACUUUCUGGGGGAGUUACUGUUGUUGUCCAUAAAAUGAGCUUUACUUCUGUGCACACUGUAGGGAGGUGGCUAGGACUGCCCAUUAGGAUUUUUCUCCCAUCCCCAAAUUCAUGAUGGGCAACAGCAUUUCUUCUUGGUGCAAUAAUUCCAGAGGCUUGGUAGCUUCUUUCCCACAUUUAGUCUUGGAAACUCUCAUCCCAAGCUGCACUCCUGGCUUUACCCCAGAAUAUUAAGAGGUAUAUGCUACCAUAUGCUGCAGGGUAGGUAAGGACUGCUAUGGACUUCUAGUGCUUUACACAACAAUGGAAGGCAGCAGUUGUCCCCUUGGUCUUGGAGUCAGUACCAACAUCCUUGUCAUAAACCUGUCUCUAUACCACUAACUCAUGCAAAACCAACCCCAUUAUUGAUGAAAUCUCUGGUUCUGUUCACACUGGGUAAAAUUCUAGCCUUUCUGAAGUCAAUUGAAAAAAUGCCAAUUGACUUCAACAGGAUUAGUAUUUCACCCAUUUAAUUCAAAGUAAAUCUUCUACUAACCAGUAUUGCAAAUUAAGGGCCUAAAAAACUAGGAAGAGACUAGUAAUAAAACAUUUCUUUGACGGUGUUCUAAAGUGAAAAAGAGGUAAAAGACAGAACUGGUUUAACACAAAACACAGCUAGUAUUUUAAUGGCCCAUUUAUUAACGCACACAAAUGACCAGUGAUCUUAAAUUUUUAUUAAUAAAAUUGGUACAAAUCUUUUAAAACAUAAGAUCUUUAGUUAAGUAUUUAUAACCAAUAGGACUUUAAAUCAACAAUACAAAAGGCUGCCUCUCCCUAUUGUUCAUUAGAAGUCUGCUAUUUCUAAAGCAUUCGCUGAUCACUUUCAGUGUACAAAUCUGUUUGAUUUUUAAUUCCCAGUGUCACUGGAAAUGCCACCCUGGCCAGAAGAACACAUCAAAGGUAAACAGUUGUAUAGUAGCAACGAUUGUGUUACCUGACAAUGGCAGUUGUUUGCAAAUUAUGACCUUGCAGCAUGAAAGUAGUAACCUUUUUUCUCCCCGCUUCUAACUUUUCCAGCUUGCAAACUGAAGCUAAGCCACUUGCCACCUUCAAAGUGGUCUUAGAACUAUGAGAGUUUGAGCUUUUUCACCUCCAUAGUACUCCCAAUUAGGUAACUUGCUUGCUUUGCAGAUAGUUCCUUUAGCACCUCAGCAAUUCCAUGAUGACUAAGUGCUUUCACAAAGGCCUCUUUGAAUUUUUCACACUAUUUUUAGUUGGUGUAAAUCAUAUUCAACUAGCAAAGUUGUUGUUAAGUAUCCAGCCAACCCAGGGCAUUAGAAAAAAAUGUAGCAUCUUGUAACCAUGCAUCACACCCAGAAGGAUACCAGUCUUCUUUUAGAGAAGAAAUGUUUUAAUUUGAACAUUAUGUAUAUAAUUAUGUAUAUACACACACUAUAAUAGUCCUGUAUGUACUAUAUAUGUAUAUUGCUAUCAAAAGCACAUUUUAAACAAGAAACGAGUGCUGUGAAAAGUUGUAUUGGACUACGUCUACAGUAAAUUCCUGCUCUCAAACAGAAAACUAUGGUUUCGUAUAGCUUUGACCAGUGAAAGAUAUAGUUAAACCAGUUAACAGGGAGAGGAGUAACUUUUUCCUAUACCCACUAUUCAUAAUAGAGCAUAAUUUUUUUUUGCCUGUACAGUACCAUUGCUACCUCCAAAUUACGCUCUGUGACCCUUUGCAUCUACUGUAUAUAUUCAGUAGUGCAUCUCCUUCCCAUAUACAGUAGGGUCACGCUACCAGAUUGCUGCCUGUAGCUCAGCAAACCCACUUUCUCACUGUCCAAUCCCUGUCUACAGUAGCCUUUUUAUUUAUUGUAGCUACCUCUUCAAGUGUUAAAAUUUUCAUUGCAUUUUAGUUUGCAAACAGAUCCUAUCCUCUUUUCUGGAAAUGAACUCAUUUCCUCACUGAAAUGAAAUAAUCCAGAAGCAAAAUUUAGUGAGAUGGUGACACACAUGCUAUUCUCACAAUUCAUUUUAGGCCAGCAGUUUCCUCUCAGGCUCUUCAGGUCUCUCUACCUCUCUCUACUGCUGUAAAUUUGCAGAACUCCCAAGGGAUUCAUAGAACUUAAUGCUCAUCAAUUAAACUAAAGGAAAGAAAGCUGCAGAAUCCUCUUCUACAAUCAUCUUGAUACUAAUCAUGGGUAUGAAAUGUAGUUAAGGGCACAAGUCUUCAGCUGGAAGUUGUGAGGAACAUAAUUUAAAGAUAUUAUAACAAGAAUCUCUUACAAGCUAUUAGUUUAGAAAUAGGAACUGGGAUUUGAUGUUUUGAUUUGUAAUAAUCUAUCCAAGAAGUUGCAUUUGGAAGAGGAUUCUGUAGCAAAUAUCUUAAAAUAUACAUGAUCUUUUCUGUUAGCAAUUUUUUAAAUAUCUUGCAGCUUUUUCUAUAAAAAGCUAAUAUUGCUGUGUUCAGAAUGCUUUCUUUCUUCCUUAAAAAUUGGACAUUUCUUUUCAAUGUAAAGAGCUGUUCAAAAUGAGAGCAUGGCUUUGAGAACUUUGCUUUUUGGAUUUGCCUUUAAUGGUUAAGUUGAGCACUUUCCCACUGUGUGCCUUUUAGCUGUUACUAAGGUAACUGUGACUUCUUAAUCACCGUUUCUCUGAAACGUGUUAAACUGUGGGAAGAUUUUUAAUCGUAAGAAUUGUCUGUACAUUUAUAAAUAUGCUUAUAAAAUAUUACACUGGAAAGGCUUGCGACCGUGUUUGGAGCUCACAGAAGAAACAUUACUGGACACAUUGAUUUCUGCAUGACUCGCAUUUCUGAGGAUGAUGUUCCUAAUCUCCAAGGAAAUGUUUACUAUUUAAUAUGAAAAUAACUCUGAAAUAUCUGACUAUACACAUGGCUUCAUGCGUGCAUUCUGUGCUGUGUAGUCUGUGCUUGAGACAUUCCUAAGACAUCCAGGACAACUUCCAAAAUAUUUAUUUUAGUCUGAAAGUUGCUUCAGUUCCUCUUCCUUUCAUUUGCAUUUUUUGUAAUUGCUCUUCUUAGCUACUGGUCAUGGUUAUACCAUGCUUUAGGGAAAGAACAUCAGCUUGUAGAACUAAACUGUGCAGCUCCUGCUCUUGCAGGACUCUUCUGCUUACUGAAUUACUCCCCUAAAUCCAAUGGGACUACUUGCCUGCAUAUGAGUAAGGACAAGAGAAUUGUAACCCUCCCCCACGUAAAAUAACUUACCUGAGUAGUCCCUGGACUGAUUGUCUCCUUGUGAGACCUGUGCAACAAAGUGGAGAAUCAAACCCAGUGUAGUUAAGCUCUUCUCUAAGCAUUUCCAAGAUCCAGCCUUCAUUUUGUACAGUACAAGUAAGAUCUGCAAACACUAGGUUAUGUUUUCUUCCCUGUUCAGUAUAAACCCAUUACCUGACUAUAUAAACUUUUGUUCUUGUCAGACUGACAUAAUUGCACAGUUUAGAAUUGAGAUGAGUUUGACUGCACUUAAAUGUGCCAAUCUAAUUAAAGUGAAUUGCAUGAAGCACCAUAAACCUUCACUUCUACUCUUAUUGAAUUGCAUAUAAUAACCAUAACUAAACAUUUUCUUUCUGAAAUGAUAAGAGUGAAUGUUAGUGAAACACCUGAGAGAAUAUACUCUCCUCAAGUUUACAGAAUUUCUUCUUUAAAAGUACAAGUGCCAGUAAAUACAAACUUUCCUUUUUUAAAUUUCAGUGGAGUUUGAAAAACUAUCCAAAAAAAAUGCGCUCUAAUACUAAUGUAAGACCUAUUUUUUGUUGUGAAGUCUCAUUACCUUAAGCAGAAGGAACAGCUGCUCUGAAGGAAGUCGAAUGGUACUUGAGGGUGAAUCCUGAUAGUGUAGAUGAAAUACUACUGCUGAUAAAAUAAUAUUUUUUCCAUUUUGAACAAUCUGUAAACUACACCUUUGUUUAUAGGAAAAUGCUUGUAAUGGUUACUGUAAUAUUCAGCUGUGGAUAAAAAUUUGUGAAAUAAAUAAUUUUGAAUAAAUUAAGUUGCAACUUUUUGGACAACCCUGAGAA